AUGCGACUAAUGCUUCAAGAUCCCUUCUUCAAGCGAGAUCAGCGAGCCCCGGAGCCGUUUCUUCCAGAUCUCACCGAACGCGAGCGUCUCACAGAGCGAGUGGUUCGCUACGCUUGCGGCCAAUUCCUCGGCAUCGGCAUUGGUGUAGCGCUGGCGUUGAGGCCAGGUGAAGGACUUGUCGAGCCGGAACGCUUAGUGAUGCUUAACUAG